AUGCUGGGAGUAACAGACGCUCGCCGAUCUGUCCUAAUUACGGGAUGUUCGCCUGGUGGUAUCGGAAAUUCGCUGGCGCGCGAGUUCCACCGCAAUGGACUUCGUGUGCUGGCUACUGCUCGUGAUGCCGCGACUAUCUCGGAUCUCGCAGAUCUCGGCAUUGAAACCCUGAGUCUAACAGUUGACGACCCGGCCAAUGUCAAGGAGUGCUUUGCAGAUGUUGAGAAGAGGCUUGGGGAUAAGGGUCUCGAUUAUUUGGUCAACAAUGCUGGUCGAAACUACACCGUUCCUGCUAUGGAGGUUGAGCUCGCCGAGGUUCGCCAGACCUUCGAGACCAAUCUUUUCGCGGUCAUUACGAUGUGCCAGACAUUCCUGCCCUUACUGAUCAAAGCCAAGGGCACGAUUGUCCAAAUUGGCUCCGUGGCUGGUAUCAUCCCCUACGUCUUCGGCUCCGUCUACAAUGCCUCCAAAGCAGCCCUGCACUCAUUCAGCGAUACACUUCGCGUGGAGCUGGCUCCAUUCGGGGUCCAUGUCACUACUAUCGUGACGGGUGGCGUUCAAUCCCGCAUUGCCCGCACCGACCGCACCUUGAAGCCGGGAUCGUUGUAUACCCCGAUUGAAGCGGAGUAUCUGACUCGUGUGAAGCACAGCCAGCAUAAUGCGAUGCCGCACGAGAGUUAUGCUCGGAGUGUGGUUUCGCAGGUGUUGUAUGGAUCGGCACCUUGGCGUUGGCUGCCGUGGGCCCGGGGGCAUAAGUCGUGGAUCUGGGAGGGUCAUGCUAGUUGGUUGAUUUGGCUGUUGUCGGGGGGCUGGGCUUGGUCGGGACUGUUUGGUCGGCUCAUGACUAAAAUGUUCAAACUAUGGAAGAUCAAGGCUGCCAAGUAG